AUGCUGAAGAACCGGAUUCGCAUGUUUUUCAACGAACUGAAGGUGCUUGUUUUCAUGCGAUCCGGUUCUAGACAGUCAGACACAAACGUAGACUCAAACAGACGAACAACCAUGCGAGGGCUCGGGAUGGGCGGCUGCGGAUGGCCACCCUUCACCGACUGCUCUUCCCACGAUGACGAGGAGGAAUACUACGGGAGUGAUCCCAGGCCGAGGAGCCUAGCGUUUGAGGAGAAGGACCCCAAGCUUCAGGCGGGCCUUGAUGCUGUCUCCCUCUCUAGUAGCACAGCGAGCGGAAUGCGUACGCCCCAGUGCCGGAUCUGCUUCCAAGGACCUGAGCAGGGGGAGCUGUUGAGCCCAUGUCGCUGUGAUGGCUCUGUGCGUUGCACUCACCAGCCCUGCCUCAUACGCUGGAUCAGUGAGAGGGGUUCCUGGAGCUGUGAACUCUGCUACUUCAAAUACCAAGUGCUGGCAAUCAGCACAAAGAACCCCCUGCAGUGGCAGGCUAUCUCUCUCACAGUCAUCGAGAAGGUCCAGAUAGCGGCCAUCAUCCUCGGCUCGCUCUUCCUCAUCGCCAGCAUCUCCUGGCUGGUCUGGUCCUCCCUCAGCCCCUCGGCUAAGUGGCAGCGUCAGGACCUGCUCUUCCAGAUCUGCUACGGCAUGUAUGGCUUCAUGGACAUCGUCUGCAUAGGCCUUAUAAUCCACGAGGGCUCAUCAGUGUACAGAAUCUUCAAGCGUUGGCAAGCUGUCAACCAGCAAUGGAAGGUACUUAACUACGAAAAGGCAAAGGACUUAGGAGACCCCAUUAGCUCCAGCAGCAAAGCGGCUGCCGGCAGGGGCUCCCGCACCAGCCCCCACGGGUUGGCCAACAGCAGCAGGAGGGGUCAGCGAGUCCGAAGGCUUAGGACUAUUCUCAACCACCACUGUGGCUACACCAUCCUUCACAUCCUCAGCCAGUUGCGGCCCAGCGACACCCAGCUCGGCACCGCCACCAACCGCGAGGUGGUAAUGCGGGUCACGACUGUAUGA